CCAGAUUCCAUCGCGACGAAGUCGUCCUUGUCGCAUCGAGCUGCAGUGUCCAUCGAACCGCAAAACGCCCACUCAAACCACGGCAGUCAGCACUCACGGCGGCUUGUUGUCCGCGGACCCGCAUUAGUCAGGUGCACAGCGAAGGGAGUUCCCACGACGACAGUGACAACGCGCUCAGAAUACCUCGCCGUCACUGGAUCAAGGCUUCAGACCAUCUACGAAGCAGAAGACGCGUUAUAAAGCUGCGACGACACGUCCCCCGACACGUCCUGGCCUCGGAGACGACCAGGUUACCAGACCGCGGAGCAGCGACCGUCAGAGAAGGACAGCAGCAGGCGUGCUUCAUACACAACAACAUUACGAGCGGAGACGGCGGAGAGGUCAGUCACAUGGGAUAGCCCAGGAUCCGCCAGACGAGGCAAGGUGGCUACCAUCGUUCUGAACCACGCGCACCCCACCCCGAGCAGGGUGCGCGGCCGCGGCGUGAAUUACAUAGCUCACCUCGCUUCUGAACAGAUGGAGCUGGAUGAGAAUGCCGGUGCGCCGGGAGAAAAGAUUGGGGACGAAGAAGAAGAAGAGGACAUCGAGAUGGAUGACGAGGCAGAUGCCGAAGGGGAGGUGGAAGAACCAGAACUGGGCUCUGAAGCAGAUGCCGAUGGCGAGAUCGAAGAUGAGGAUGAUGAAGGCGAGUUCGUUGGCGCUGUGAAAACAAGAUCAAGUCGAGCAAGAUCCAGGCGCACGCCGGAGGACGAAGAGUCAGAAGCCUACGAAGGCAACGCAGACAACGAGUCGGAUAGUGCGAGCUCGCCUGCCGAAGGCAGCUGGCAGGCCGUCGAAGAUGCCGAAGAUGACGACGACGACGACGACAGCAAGCUGCAGAACGUGGAUGCCAAUCGUUGCGUUUUCUGCAAGCAGACCGAGGAAAAUGAUCCAAGCGAAGAUUUUGAAGAGUAUCUGGCUUGUGCUGUGUGCGGUGACAACGCCCACCGGCAAUGUGCCAGAGAUGCAAGCUCACUGGUCGCCGAUCAAGAAGCGGCACAUUGGCGUUGUCAAGACUGCGUUGCUAAUGGCCUCGAAGAAGACUUCAAAGAUGUGCCCCAAAUGUUGUCCAGCCGUCGACGGUCUUCUGCGCCGAAGAUGGCUCGGGACUUAUUACCGCAGGCCCGUGGCGGUAUUAAGCCUGGAUCGCAUUCUGUUUUCAAUACUCUUAUCCUCCCCGAUGACGAAAUGGAUGGCUCACGAUCGCUGAGGAAACGCAAAACUCCUUCCGAAGACAUCGAUGAAACCUCGCGCACUGCCAACCGGAAACGGAGAAAGACGACGCCGCCUGAAGAAGAGCAGCCCGAGUCCGUGCCUGAGAUCGUUGUCGAGCCUGCGGAGAGCAUCGAAGAAGAUGGGAAUGAACCACAACAGUCAAGUUCGCCGAAAGCACGUACUAGCCGCCCACAACGACAGAAGAAGGACAGUCUCGGUGCCAGAAUCAUCCACCGUUCAGACAAUCCCAAGAGCGCCAUCAUUGCCAUACCGGUCACUGUUGCGCAAUUCGAAACCAUUGAAAAGGAUGUCAUCAAGAAACAGAAACGUCGCGAGCGUGAUCGAGCACGCAGAGCCCGCAAUAGUCGGCGGACCGUCACCGCUGAACCGGAGGAAGGACCUGGAGCUGCUGCCACUAUUCCAGUCGUGCAGACUACCAUGUACACGAAUCCGUUUUUCCCGUUUCACGACCGGAACACGGACGAGAAUCAAGGCAAACCAUACGGUGGUAUCCUCACCGAGCUCGAAGCGGACACGAAAAGAACAUAUCCGGAAGAAGCAGACCGAUUGGCAUUCCAGGCUGCUCGCGAGAAGGCUGAUGAGGAGUGGAAACAGAAGAUUGCACGGCAGAAUGGUGACACGCCUGCACGAUCGAAGAAGUCGGCACCCGCUAGCAAAAUCAGGUGUAUCAAUUUCGGGCGGUACGAAAUCGACACCUGGCAUGCUGCACCGUAUCCGGAGGAGUACAGCAGGAACGAGCAUCUGUAUAUCUGCGAAUUCUGCCUCAAGUACAUGAACUCGGACUACGUCGCCUGGAGGCACAAGCUGAAGUGCUCAGCGCGUCACCCUCCUGGCGACGAGAUUUACCGCGACAACAUUAUCAACCCAGAAACCAAGCAAGAGACCACUCUAUCCUUUUUCGAGGUCGAUGGCCGACGUAAUCCUUUGUACUGCCAGAACCUGUGCUUGCUGGCCAAGCUUUUUCUGGGAUCGAAGACCUUGUACUACGACGUCGAACCCUUUCUCUUUUACAUCAUGACGGAAAACGACGCCCAUGGAUGCCACUUUGUUGGCUACUUUUCCAAAGAAAAGCGCGGCAUGGGCCCUGCUGCUCCCCCAAUGGAACCAUGGACUUCAUUUGAUGAGAACGCGCAGACUACGUCUGGAGCCAGUCAGGGACUCGAAGGCACAGCGCAAGAUCCCGCAUUGCAGAACCCUGGAAACAACGUGUCGUGUAUCCUCGUUCUGCCUGUGCACAUGCGUCGCGGCUUUGGCAGAGUGCUCAUCGAGUUCUCAUACUUGCUGACCCAAGUGGAAGGCCGCACGGGAUCACCGGAGAAGCCAUUGUCAGACAUGGGUUUGGUGUCUUACCGAUCUUAUUGGCGCAACGUCCUCUGCAAACUCCUGCUUCGAUACCGCGAUCAUGAGGACGAGGCUAAUGCCAGCAAGCAUCUCACCAUCGUGCGAAUCGCCAAAGAGACUGGCAUGACUCCUGACGACAUUGUCUCUACACUCGAAGGUCUGCGAGCUCUGGUUCGAGAUCCGCUCACUGGCACGUAUGCGCUGCGGCUCGAUUAUGACUACAUGAGAGAAUACGUCGAUAAGCACGAGAAGAAAGCCACGAUCAAAAUUAUUCCGAAGAACCUCUGCUGGACACCAUAUAUCAUGGGCCGGCCGACGAAUCUCUUUGCUAUGGGAGAAGAGACGAAUCAGCCAAUCCAGACAGUCGCAUCUCGGCCAGACGAGACAUCCGAGUUGCCCGCGCAGCCUGAAGAAGGCGUUCAACAAACUCUUCAGCUCGACAAGGAAGCCGAAGCCAAGGAUGGUGGUACUGCCGAUAGGGCCAUCGACGUGGCGACGCCCACAACUGAGCUUCCACCCCUUACACUGAACGGCGUUGAUGCCUCUCCGAAAUCUCGCAAAAAGACACCACCGCCGCUGACGUUGACACCUCAAGCGUCCUUCAUUGUGGAGAAAUCCAAAGACUCCCCUUCGCGUCGUUCUCCGCGCAAGACGCCUAAUGGAAAUACGACGACGAUGCACAUCCGCACGAAAUCUCAACAGCUGGGCUCCGGAGAAGCUACACCUAAUUCCGAGGACUCGGCCGGCUCAAUACCCACUUCCGCAGGAUCUAUUCCACCUUCCCGAUUCGAAGUAUUCCCACCGGUUCCCGGCAUGCCGCAAACUGCCAAAAGACGUGCCAACCGGCCUUCUGCACGGCGAACCAACUAUCGAAAUGCUUAUGGCACUCCCGCUCGACGGAAGCGACCUGAUCACCGGAAUGGUGAAAGUCCGUCGCAAGCGAGGAAUCGUCGCACCACAUCGAGUGGAGGAGGAGGAGGUGGUGGCAAAGCUAGUGCAGCUGGUCCGAGCAGUCUGAGAAGGGGCAGAAGCAAGCUAGGUGACACGGUGACUGUUGCAGAGGCGGAUCGCGCGAUGGAUGAGGGGGAGGAGGAGGAGUGUGAUACGGCAGCUAGUAAAGCAGCGGCUGGAGACGACAUCGAGGACGACGAAGCUGAUGCUCCUGGAGAAGAAAUUGACGAUGAAGCCGACGCUCCGGGAGAGGAGGAAGAAGAAGAGAUUCAGUACGAGUAAUGAGCACAACUGCUGCGACUUCUCUUUUUCUUUUUCCCUCCCCUCCUCUCCCUCUCUCUACCUCUUUUUAAGAUUCAGCAGCAGGCAGCGCUGCAUCAUCAUUUCUGUUCAGAGCAGAGCAGAACAAAACAGAGUAGUAGCAUUAGCAGUAGCAUUAGUAGUAGCUCAGUAGCAGUAGUAGAGAGUGUAUAUAUACCCAUCCC